AUGGCUGCAAUACCACCUCUCCCAAUUGGAGCUGUCUUCGCUGGGUUUCCCCGCCUACCACUGGAAAUACAGAUCAAAGUUUGGAAAGAGGCUGCGGCCGUAGAUGCGAACAUACCACAGAGCGACGCGGUAAUUGAAGUUCAUAUGAGAAAGAACGAAGCAACUGGCGAAAACUGUUUCGUAAGCGAAGCCCCUGUGCCAUCCGCACUCCUUCACACAUGCCGCCUCUCUCGCGAUACGGCCCAGCAAAUCUUCCCACGUAUCGAGAUUGAGAAUCCUACUAUCAAUGGCACUGGCACUAUCAAAAACCCAACCUUUUGUGCUUAUAUUAGCUUCAGCUGUAAUAUUCUGGUAUUUAAUGAUGAUCAUACAAAACAUGUUGAUGAGGCUUUGGAGUUUUUCAUCAAUUCGGCGUAUGGGGGCAAGAUUCUCCAUAUUGCCUUUGGCACCGAAUCUAUUGCUAGCCUUGAGGACGAUGAAGAUUGGAUACCAAAUGAAGAUAUACUCGAGAUCCUCGCUAGGUUCUCGAACCUGGCUUCAGUGACCGUGUGUGCCUCCGGUAUUGAUGAUAUAUGCUGCUCUCCUAUAGAUCAAUCAUCUUCUCACAAGAGAGCUGGUGGACUGCUUACGAGCGACAGCUCGACUGUUGAUGGAGGAGAACAUCUGGUUAGGAAAGCGGUAGAAGAUUGUUUGAGAGAUAUGCAUGGUACCAACGCUGGUAUGACGCACGUCCAAUACACCGAUCCGAGUACCCCUAUUCCGGGUCUACCAGAGGUCUUGGUUAGGUCAUUUUGGCGAAUUUGA